CAUCUAUGAUCUAAAUAUCUGACAUUACUGAUACAUUCCAAACACUACAAACAAUGCGAUAGAAUUAUUAAGGAACACUCUUCGCUCAUCGUUUGAAUAAUAACGGCAAUUUAGCCAGAGAAAAAUCAGAAAAGAGAAUAUACCGUAGUGACAAGGAGAAUGGCAGCCAUACAUCGAGAAGCAAUACAAAAACAGAUUCAACAAGACUGGGCUAACCGCGAAUACAUAGAAGUUAUUACUGGCAGUAUUAAAAAGAUUACGGACUUUCUUAAUUCUUUCGAUAUGUCUUGUAGGUCAAGAAUAGCAGUCCUCAACGAGAAGCUCACAACCCUUGAACGGAGAAUAGAAUAUCUCGAAGCAUGCGUCACAAAGGGUGAAACGCUGACGUAAUAAACACCAAACACAAUACAUUCUUUUUACAAUCCUUUUUAUUUCCUGUACUAGAAUCGAAUAAAUACAUGACGAAAGCAAAA